AUGUCGACUCCCUCCAGCGUGGCCGUGGAGAGUGGUGCGCUGCAGCGGGCAUCUGCGUCGUCUGCGUCGUCGUUGUCGUUGUCGCCGGCUGCCAACGACAACGACAACGACAUGGACGGCACGGGCGACAUACCGCGUCGUUCUAUGCGAGUCAAGGUACUCUACACGUUCGACGAUCAGAACAAGUCAAACUGCCUCGCUCGUUUGCCCAACGCUCUCAGCGUCCCCGUUGUAUCUCUUGACGAGAACACGCAGGUCGGCGUCAUCGAGCUCAAGACAUGCAUCCAAGCCAUAGUUGCUGCCAGCCCCGAACUCACAGCCAAACUGGGCCACGACUACACUGUAUACGCUUACGACUUCUCCGAAUACGAAACCCCUCUUGUCGGCCAAGGAAUGCUGUCGUGGAUUCUCGCCUCAGCCUCCGCUACCCCCAAUGCCCCCGCCGAGGACUCGCAAACGAUGGUGACCGGUCGCGUGUGCAACAACAUUCUAGGCCUUUUCUCGAAUGGCAUCAAGGAGACGUUGGAGGUUAAGCUCAAGCUCGUACCCGUGCCUACAUCUAUGCAAAAGGAGUAUGUGGAGAACAUGGAACGCUAUCACAGCUUGAGCAAGAUCAUGCCUGAAGGCUUCGACUACAGCGCCUGGUCGGACUUUCUCAAGGAGAACCCCACCCUGGGCCAGCUGGCCCAACCAACGCCGGACACCCCUGCACAGCCUCCGUACCGUUCGUCCACUGGCGGCUACGAGCCCUUCCAUCAGAUGCUCACGCGGCACAGCCCGUCACAGGAGCCUGUCCGGAACGACUCCUUCUACAAGCAGUCCAACGCAUCCUUCAUGUCGCAGCCAUCGCGAGCCUCAAGUCCUGCCAACAGCAAUGCUUCCUUUCGCCAUGUCCCGUACAACCCCGGCCCUCGACCGAAUUCGCGGGCAUCCGUUCGGAGCGAGAUGUCGACGCACUCCCAACAGUACCAGGCUGAUCCGCACUACAUCAUCGAGCGCCAAGAGGACGGGCCACCGAAGAAGAGGGCACGCAUCACCCAGGCCACGAGACCCCGGAACACACCUUUGACAGCUCGCAAUGAUUCGCUGCACAAAACUGCCGCUACAGCCUCGUCUGUCUGGCUCCACAGACCAAUUGCUGUCAACGCAGCCUCCAACCUUGCCGACGCCGAGUUGCACCCCCGUGCACCAACGCCCCGACCGGACGACAUGGCCUUUGAAACGCGAGGACCCCGACGGCCACCAGCUCCAAGCGCCUUGCGCCACGGCUCUAUGGAUGCAGGACGGCCAUACGCAUCCCCAUACGACGCGAGUGCCUUCUCCGACGCUGCCGCCGACUCGGGCGAUGAUGAUAGGGACGGAAGCCCUGACGAUACGCCCAGGGAUAUGCCGUCCUCGCCACCUGUCGUCUCUCAGCGCACCUCACCUACGCCCUCUAGCCCAGCUUUACCGACUUUUCCACUCUUGAAUGACUCGGGCUUCGUUAGUGAUGUGCCACUGGGCAGAGACGAAAACAACACUGAAAACGGCAACAGAAUACCGGACGGCAGUGACCUACCUAUGGCACCGGAGAUAGCACAGAAGCGCCGCCAGCAGAACAUGCCCCCUUGCAGCGGAUCGCACUACAACUGGAAAGAAGUUACUCCGGGCCCCACAGAGCGACUGCCUCAAACCUACAUUCCUCCACCGAGGUCUUUCUCACGUGCCCCCUACAAACAAGUCACGCAAAGCAUCGAGGCUGAGACAGGCAAAGCAAAGACGGUCCGAUCAGGUUCUUCAAGAACAAAAGCGCCAAGCUUGCCUCGGUCACAGACACUACAGGAAGGGUCGAGUGCCAAUGUACCAGCCGUGAGAAUGCGACAGCCGCCCACUGAUUCUUUCCCCUUCCCUCCCCUCGAACAGUCACAAUCGACUGGGAAAGCCGGCUCGCCGGACUCUAUGAUGUCUCAAGGUUCUCCCGGGAGUGAAGCUGAAGGGCAGAUCUACAGUCGCGAAGCUACGCCUAAUCUCCCGGCACAACGACCUCGAACAUCCAAGUCAAGAGGGCUUCCUAGAUCGCACACCUGGUCGGGUACUGGAGAGCCAAUGUCGGACGCUCCUACGCCAUCCGACUACUCUAUGGCUACUGAAACCAAAGCUCCACGAAGCGGAUCACACGCCAAGCGAAAAAAGUUCAUCAAGGACAAGCUCCAAAAUGCGCUUGCAACCGGAGACAUGCCUGAUCACUGCCACAAUUGCGGCGAGAUCGAGACUCCCACCUGGAGGAAGUCCUACACUCGCAUCGAGUUUGGCACACCUGAAGGCAUUGAGCUGUCUUCUGCAGGCAUCGUGGCCUAUGAAGUCAUUGAACCUACCCCAGAAAACGGCAAUGAGCUGAUGUAUCGCGUCUACAGAAACAACAUCACGAACGAGGAGAAGCAGUUCAACAUGUACGAGACUCUGAAUUUGUGCAAUCCGUGUGGUCUAUGGCUUGUGAAGAAGGGCCAUUCACGUCCGCAGAGGGUGUGGGACAAAUCUUCAAAGCCGGCCAAGCGCAGAAAUCCAGGAACAAGCACACGCACCAAGCCACUGUAUCAGAACGACGAUAUCGCAUCGGAUGCUUAUGUACCGCACUCGGAUGCUAUGGGUCCAGACGAACAGCACGCAGUUGUUGCGUCUUUUGACGGCCAAGCCGACAAGAACAUGCCACCACCAUCUGCUGGGCCACGCGCUUCAAGUCCCCCAACAAAUAGCAACGAUGCAGCCCAAGCCGAGGCCCAUGCUGACGCAGAAGCUGAGGCCGCGCUACAACGAGCCAUCCACUCCAGUCCGGCUGGAUUUCGACGGAAUAAGGAUUCGUCAAUAGACGUCGACUCUGAUCUAACCCCCAGACCUACCCGUCGGCUCCUUUUCUCCUCCCCACGCAAGAACGGCGAAACGAAAUCACUGGAUUUUGCACAAGCAAGCUCAACCACAUCGAAUCAUCACACUGCUCACAGCUUUACUGAUGACAGAGAGGAGGAGCCUGAAAGACCUCGGUGCGAGCGAUGCAAGAGACUUAAAAGAGGCUGCGAUCGUAAGCGACCUUGCGGACGCUGUACUUCAUCGGGUCUUGACUACGACGAUUGCAUACCGUGCAAAAUGCCGAAGAAGACCUGGUUCGACCACCCUGUCGUGCCUGUCGCUCCUGUCGCGCCUGUUUUGCCUGUUGCUCCUGCUGUGUCUGAUGUGUCUUCUGUGGCUGCUUUGUCUGUCGCACCUGUUGCAUAUGAUGCCCCCCCGCCAGUACCCACAGACGAAGAAGAGAUCGACAAGGAGAACUGCCCUCCACCUGUUCUCGUCGAGGAACAGGACGAUAUAGCAUAUCUGUUUGAGACGCCGGGUCCUGCGAAAACCACACCAAGGAAAGAUGCGGCUUUCCUUGACCUUCUUAAGACCCCAACUCCAGGCUCUCGUCGUCGCGUAGCAUUGACCCCAAGACGGAGCGCUGAUGAUGCCGACAAAAUCGUGACACCAUCACGAAGCAUCUUCACGCCACGGACCAUGCGUUCCGCAACAGUCGCCCCAGAAACGCCUUUCACUCGACAACUCAAUGCGAUGUUAUCUGAUGCUAUGAACUCAUCUCCUUCUCAAAUCGUGGACUUCUCUGCCUUUCCAGUGUUCGGGACACCUGGCCGCACUACUGGCGCACAAUUUUCGGACUUUAUUAAUGACGAUUUCCUGUCCAGCGACAUGCCCUUGUCGAGCUCACCAGCAAAAGCGGGCAUGUUUGGGCAUGGUUUCGAUUUGUACGAAGAUCCGAACACUUCAUCUGUUGGACUGUGGAACGAUGCAAACAUGUUCGGCAACGACGCUAUGAUGCUUGACGUCGACAACGAUACCAAGGGUGGUUCAGACACGGUUGAUGGUGCUGGUACGACCGCCAUGCUUAAGAUGACUGUUGGCGGCAUCACUGUAGACUUUGCCUCGAUGAUUGAGGAAGUCGUUGGUAACAACGAUGACAAUGCCGAUGCGGUCGAAGGACAACAUCCAUUUCCUGACGUGGCCGAGACGCUGCCUUGUCCUGAGGUAACAAAAACACAGCUGGAUAUAGAGCUCACUAGAACGCAAACAAGUCCAGAGGCGACAAGCCAGGGUCUGGCACAGACGCCUGAGGCCCCUGAAGUGGAAUAG